CAUACCAAAAGUGUUCAAUUUAUCAAUAAAUUUAAAAAUAUAUUUUUAAAAUUCUAUGUCUAUAUUAAAACUAAAUAAUUCAAAUAUAUAUUUACUAAAUUGGUGUGAUAUUUAAUUAAUUAAAAAUAAAAAUAAAUAUUUUUUUGCCUGUCAGAUAUUUAAAGAUAGUUAUUUAAAAAUGUCAACAGUGUCAGAGUUAAUCCGUUCAAUACCUAGUAGUCCUUGAACUUAUAAAGUUUUUGAAUUAAAAUCUAAUUCAAUAAUAUUGUUAUCUGUCAUAUAUUUUGUUAUAUAUAUUAUUCUUCCAAUUAUAACAAGUGUCAUGUUAUUUAAAAAUAUUAUCAUAAAAUAUGAAUUAGUAAUUAUUUAUAUUGGAUUAUUUUUAUUAUCCUGCAAUAAUGUCACAAGUUUGAUGCCAGAAGCAAGUCAAGAAGGUGCUUUACAUGCUUUUAAAAGCUACAGUGACGUUGCAACAUUUCAUUACACUGUUCCUAAGGAAGUUUAUCGUGCAACAUGGCAAUUUGCUGCUUUUAUGGAUGGAAAAAAUUGUGUACCACGUGAAGUACACAUACAUUUGCAAUGGGGUAGUUAUCCAGUAAUAACAGUUAAUAAUGCAUCAUUCCCACCAAAUAUGUAUCCAGCAAGAAAUGACACUAUUAGAGUAACCGCUGUCACUGCUUACGACUUCCAAACAACAACAGUAGUACCAGUAAAUAGUCCAGAACCCGGUGAUUGGUUUGUUGGUGCUUACAUGAGUCAUUGGGAUGAAAAAGUUCAACAAGAGGGAAUCGGUCAUAAAUGUCAUUAUAGUAUUGGCUCAGUAGCGGUUUGGUUACAAGCUAAUGGUAUACAGAGUAUACCAAUUGGUCAUGAAAGUACUAUGAAAACUAGUCAACCAUCAACUUAUUACAAAAUAUUUAUACCAUCAGGAACGUGGACAUUUAGCGUUAAAAUAUGGGAUUGCAAAUUUAAAAUAGCGACUUCAAAUAAAAUAUCAAAAAAUUGUAUCAAAGCUUUGGCAUUACAAGGGCGCACGAUGCCAGUUUUUGAUCAUUCUAGCAGUUUAACCAUGACAAAUUUAUCAACUAAUAGUACUUAUACAUUUACUGAACGAACGCCACACGAUGAUAGUUAUUAUUAUUUACUUGUAGUUUCUGAUAGUAUUGUUGAAUUUAAUGUAAAAGUAUCUAUUUCCGAAUGUCCAAUUAAAAUAACAGAAAGUACAUUGAUGCAUCACUGGGUAUCAAAUAUAAGUAUUAAUUAUACAAGUCAUCAAUUAAUGAUUAAUGAUAAAAAUUUUAAUGGCCAAGAUGAUAACAAAGAUGACCCAUGUCCGCGUAGAUUCCAACUUAUUCGCGUUAAGCAAAUUCAAACAUUCUCUGGAGUUUACUUAUUUCAAGGACGUGAAUGGCUGACUCCGUGGAUAUUAUUGACCGACAAUUAUCCAGUGAUUGCACAAUUUAAUAUACUGCCGCUGGUGGAUGUUGGAGGUUCGCUGGACAUCGGUGUUCACUUAGAGGUAGAUAAAUUUGCGACUCAACAACAGGUAAUUGUUAUUGCUUGUGUACGUCGUGCUCGAGUACCUGAUCGUUAUAAUGGGGAAAUAAUUUGCCAUGACAAUCAUAUGAUGAUGAAUCUAUCGUCUAUUGAUAGACGUGAUGGACAUUUGCUGAUACCUUAUCCGCAACCUGAUACCUGGCACGUGGCAUUGCAAACUAGAUGUCUAAAUAAUGGAAAUGUUGUCCGUUGUGACGUUAAUGAGAUAUUGGUAUCAUUGAAUAUUCAUACAAGACAAUGUGUUUUGUCUGGACCACAGUCGUGCGGCAGUCAUGGGAUUUGUGAAGAAAUUCACCGUGGGUUACUACAUUAUACAACUUGUAGUUGUUUUGGUGGGUACAAAGGAUGGGGAUGUACAGAUGACACAAACGUAAAUAUACACUCAUCACUACUUUUAUCAUUUUUAAUGUUAAUACUGAGUAAUGGAUUCUUCUUACCAGCCAUUUACUUGGCAAUUAAUCGUAAAUUAUAUACCGAAUCCCUGGUAUAUUUUUCUACAAUGUUAUUUUCAUCGCUUUAUCAUGCCUGUGAUCAAAAAUUUAUGACAUACUGCAUUGCCAGCUACGAAGUCCUGCAAUACUGUGAUUUUUUUUCUAGCAUACUAGCAUUCUGGGUAACACUGGUAGCGAUAGCGCGUUUGCCGUUGCAAUUGAUACCAGUAUGUCAUAUGUUUGGUGUAUUUAUAAUUGCGUUUUGCGUUGAAUCCAACAAAACUGGAUUGACAAGUAUAUUAGUGCCUUUAGCUAUCGGUAUAGUAAUCCCUAUUGGAUCGUUUGUUUAUAAUUUUUACAAAUUGAAAAUACGUAAAUGGUCACGUAAUUUACUGAUUAAAUUAUUUAUAGGUUUAGGCUUAGCGAGUAUAGGGCUGGUUUUAUUUACAACCGUUGAAACAGAAGCUAAUUAUCAGUAUACACAUAGUAUGUGGCACGUGAUAAUAGCACUGUCUUUGAUAUUUUUGUUGCCGCCUGCUGGAGGUAAUAACAGCAAAGGCAAUGGUGCUAUCGAAUCAAGCAGCGGUUCUGACAGCGAAUUAGUUAAUUUAAAAAAUCAUUCCGACAGUCCCGUGUUUACUGUUACGCUUGAUCAAGAAUCCUCAUCUAUUGCCAAUGAAAAUAGUUAAAUUAUUAAUCUGCUACCUACUUAAUGUGCCAAAUAUAUAUGAAAUUAUUUUUAAAUAAUUAUUGAAGUGUCUUUCAUGUUUGAAACAUAAGAAUCUAUUAUCAUUAUUUAGGAUUUAUAUAUUUUUUUAAGGUUUUUCUGCUUAAGAAUUUAUUAAAAAAUAAUGA